AUGAAUGGUUGUUCUGGAUUUUCAAAAUCUAGUGCCAGGCUCGUGACCGAGUCUGCUACGGUGAUCUUUCUUCUGACGUCAUCUAGUGAUGGUUCUCAUGUGGUGUUUAAGGAGAUUCUAUUGUCUGCGUGGCUUGAGAAGCGGAUCAUGAUAGCUGUGUUUGAUCAAGGCGCUAUGACGUCAGCAAGACAUGCAUUGCGAGCUAUCGUUGCUAAACAACCUGCAAUCAAUUUCGAAAGAGAGCGCUAUUUGGAAGGGCUUGAUAUACUGCGUUAUCACGUGAGCCUCGGACGAGGGCGGCUGCCAAGGGUUAUCUUACAACAACAUUAUGUUCAGAAAAUGAGAAAUGGUUUAAAACCACUUGAAACCUUUCUAGGCAAGAGCCCAGGUACAGUGGAGAUUAAUAUCAACACCCAAAUCAAAUCUGCACUAAGUUUAUUUAAACUGGAUAGCUGUAACUGUUCUUUCCUAAAUGCUCCUGUAAGGAAGGAAACAGGAGUUCAGCAGUAAAAAUGUCACAACUUGUCGUCAAGAUUUGAUCACAACAGGCUUGUAGCCUUCGUAACAAUGCUGUUAUUCUUUUUCAAGUUUGUCACUUCGCGAUAACAAGUUGUUGGAACAACUUGUACAGGGGUGUAGGAAGCAUCAAGAGAUUGGGGGGGGGCACCUGCUCCUAGGGGUACUUUAGGGUAUUGAAAACUGCUCCUAGGAGUUGACACUUCGCGAUAACAAGUUGUUGUAACAACUUAUACAGUGGCGUAGGAAGCAUCAAGAUAUUGGGGGGGGGGGGGCCUGCUCCUAGGGGCACUUUAGGGUAUUGAAAAUGGCAGAAAAAUUUUCCAGUCGUACCAUACCAAAAUUGCACGUUUUUGACCAUUUUUUUUUUUUAAAACUUGGAAAUUUCCAAACAAAAAGGCACCUUUGAUGCACCUUUGAUGUUAAUUUAGUAUUUACAGCGACAAUGGCUUGUACAAAAAGGGCACUUUUCAUCACAAAAAAUGGCACUUUUCAUCACAAAAAAGGGCACUUUUAGUCCCUGAACUUGUAACAAGUCUGUUGAGCUCAACAACCUUGUAGCAAGUUGUCAACAAGCCGUUGACAACUUGUCAACAAGCUGGGAACAAGCAGUGCGAACACAUCCUGUUGACAAGUUGUUGGAACAGCAUUGCUACAAGUCUGCUGGAGGUUUGUUACAACUUGCGCGUUUUUACGUGUGUAUAGUUUAAUACUGACAUGGAUUGAUUAAAAUCAUUCUUGAUAAACCGAUGGACCCAACUCUAAUUUGUUUCUUCAGGAUUGAAUGCAUCCACCUUCAAGAGACCAAAAGUGUUCCUGAGCUAUCACUGGAAUAUGCAAAGUAAAGUUGGGAAAAUGAAGGAAUUCCUGGACCGUCAUGGAUGCGAGACAACUACAGAUGCAUCCAGACCUAUAGCAAUCAGUGUUCAAGCUAGAUCACGCAAAGAAUACACAUUACUUCCGGCAUUGGUGCAAGAUGGAAUCUCCAAUGCAACCAUCGUUAUUCUUUGCAUCACGCUGAAAUAUCUACAUUGUGAUAACUUUAUCAAAGAUGCUCAGUUGGCUGAGCUACACAGGAAACCAGUGGUGCCAGUCUUACUACAGUGGUGUCCACGCCCUCUGGAUAAGAUCACGGUCGUUGCUAAGCGAUUAAACAUAACGUCAGCGUUGAUUGAUAUGAGCAAUGAGCAGUUGUUUCGAAGGAACUUGCCAGAACUUUUAGAACUGAUUAUGAAAGCUGUGUAA